AUGAAAUCCAUGAUUUCUUUGAAUUGUAAAAGCAACUUGCUACUGAAAUCACUAAACGUUUUCUCUAAAAGAAGUUAUAACACCUUAGAUGCAUGGUCCAAUAUACCUGAACACAUUAAAGUCAAACAAGGCCGGCGAUUGUUUUUGCAGAAUGGACAUCCUUUAUGCAGUCUUCGCGAGUUACUACAGCAACAAUUCAAAGAAAAGCCAAUUAAUAUAGUCGCAAAAGAAUCACCAGCUGUCUCGACUAUCACAAAUUUCGACUCCUUGGGAAUUCCAAAAACGCAUGUUAGUAGGAGUAAAUCGGACACUUAUUAUGUUAAUAAAGAUACCUGUUUGAGAACGCAUACUUCGGCUCAUCAAUUGGAAGAGUUUCAGAAUCUUGCUGAGAGUAAAAUGUCAAAGAAAGGCUUCCUAAUCACCGCGGAUGUAUAUCGACGAGACGAGGUAGAUGCUAGUCAUUAUCCUAUUUUUCAUCAAAUGGAAGGCGCUUAUUUAUGGGAUCGGAAUGAUAAAGGAAGCAUGCUAAGAGAUCUUGAGUCAGUAAAGCUCGAUAAUAAUUUACAAAAACUUGUUAUCGACGAAGCGACCUUGGAAAACCAUGAUGAUCUACAGGAAGUUUACUCUUCAAAAGAAACCGAGCUUGCAUCUAUACAUCUUAAAAAUUCCUUGACUCUUACAAUUCACAAUUUAGUUUUAAUGACUCCAGACAGUGGGCUUGAUAAAAGUCAAGUUCGUUACCGUUGGACAUAUGAUUCUUUCCCUUUUACACAGCCAUCUUUUCAGCUCGAAAUCCUUUGGAAAGGAGCAUGGCUGGAAAUCCUAGGCUGUGGUGUUGUUCGUGAAAAUAUUUUAACGCAUGCCGGAAUUCAAAACCAUGUAGGAUGGGCCUUUGGUAUUGGUUUAGAACGUCUGGCAAUGAUCCUUUACGGUAUACCCGACAUUCGUUUAUUUUGGACAACUGACGAUCGAUUUCGUCAACAAUUUACUCCAAACAACAUAACUACGUUCCAGCCUUACAGUAAGUAUCCUUUAUGCUAUAAGGAUAUAUCAUUUUGGAUUGAUGAGUCUUUUACGGCUAACGAUUUCUUUGAAAUCAUUAGGGACGUUUGCAAAGAUUUGGUGGAAUCUGUCGACUUGAUCGACCAAUACACAACAAAAGCAGGAAAAACAAGUCUCUGUUACAGGGUCAAUUAUAGAAGUAUGGAAAAGUCAUUGAAGAACGAGGAUGUUGACUUACUCCAAGACAACUUACGAAAAGCAAUGGCUUCUUCUUUAAACAUUCAACUUCGCUAA